CACAACACACUUUAAAACAUUUCAGCACCGGGGAUUUCAAAUUUCCAUGUCUUGUCAUGUCGCUCUGCGUUAUUUCCCCGAGGUUUCAUCUGAUGUUAUGCGCGAAUUCUCGGGAUUUCUGUCAUUCUACACAGCUUGGAGACCCCUGUCAGACACUGUGAAGCCACGGGCCGUCGUGAUGUCGGAGCCCAAAGUGCCCAUCCUGGCCCCUGAGGACACCUAUAAAGGCUGGCUCUUCAAAUGGACUAAUUACAUCAAGGGAUACCAAAGGCGCUGGUUCGUCCUCAGCAACGGCUUGCUGUCAUACUACAGGUCCCAGGCGGAGAUGGGACACACAUGUCGGGGCACUAUAAACCUGGCCACAGCCAAUAUCACAGUGGAAGACUCAUGCAAUUUCGUCAUCUCUAAUGGCGGCACGCAGACGUAUCACCUGAAGGCCAGCUCAGAGGUGGAGCGGCAGCGGUGGAUCACCGCGCUGGAGCUGGCCAAAGCCAAAGCUUCCCGCAUGCAGGCCGAGUCGGAUGACUCCGGGGAUGACUCCACUUCUCCUGCGGCAAGUCAGGGGGCAGGCUCACGCAACUCAGAGGUGCAGUCCACCCUCAGGACGCUGAACAGCAAGGUGGAGGAUCUCAGCACCUGCAACGACCUCAUCGCCAAACACGGCUCUGCACUUCAGCGGUCCUUGUCUGAGCUGGAGGGAGUUCGGCUGGGAGGAGAAACGAGUGAAAAGAUUCGGCAGGUGACGGAGCGAGCCACUCUCUUCCGCAUCACCUCCAACGCCAUGAUCAACGCCUGCCGGGACUUCCUGGCGUUGGCUCAGGCUCACAGUAAGCGCUGGCAGAAAGCCCUGCAGGCCGAGAGAGAGCAGAGAGUGCGACUGGAGGAGACACUGGAGCAGCUCGCCAAACAACACAACCAUCUGGAGAGAGCCUUCAGAGGAGCGACCGUACUGCCUUCAUCCCAGAGCAACCCUGCCAUAGACAGCAAAGGCCCAGUUCCAGGAAAGGGCGACGUCAGUGACGAGGACGAAGAAAAUGAAUUCUUUGACGCAUGCGAGGACGUUCAAGAGUUUAUCACUGUACCAGCAGACCCCAAAUAUCACAGGAGAUCCGGCAGCAAUGUUAGCGGAAUCAGUAGCGAGCUGGGAAUGGAUGACGGGACGACGUCGCUAGACGAGCAGUCUCUAGCAUCCAAUCCCGAAUCUCCACAGUCCCAGGAAGUAGUGCCUGUGAGAAAGAGGCGGAGCCGAAUCCCAGAUAAACCAAAUUACUCUCUCAAUCUAUGGAGCAUCAUGAAGAACUGUAUCGGAAAAGAACUCUCCAAAAUCCCUAUGCCUGUCAACUUCAACGAGCCCUUGUCUAUGCUGCAGCGUCUCUCCGAGGAUCUGGAGUACUACGAGCUGCUGGACCGGGGCGCCAAGUGCCAAAGCUCUCUGGAGCAGAUGUGCUACGUGGCAGCUUUCACCGUGUCCUCUUACUCCACUACAGUUCACCGCACGGGCAAACCCUUCAACCCUCUGCUGGGCGAGACAUUUGAGCUGGACCGCGUGCAGGAGAGCGGCUACAGGUCCCUCUGUGAGCAGGUAAGCCAUCACCCUCCGGCUGCGGCCCAUCACGCGAUCUCCGAGCGAGGCUGGACCCUGAGACAGGAGAUCGCCCUGGCCAGCAAGUUCAGGGGAAAAUAUCUCUCCAUCAUGCCCCUGGGUUCUAUUCAUUGUAUCUUUGAGAAGAGUAACAAUCACUACACCUGGAAGAAAGUCACAACCACAGUGCACAAUAUCAUUGUUGGGAAACUCUGGAUAGAUCAGUCAGGAGAAAUAGACGUUGUGAAUCACAGAACAGGCGACCGCUGUCAUCUCAAAUUCGCCCCGUACAGCUACUUCUCCCGAGACGUGGCCAGAAAGGUCACGGGGGUGGUGACGGAUAAAGAUGGGAAAGCGCACUAUGUUCUGUCUGGGACGUGGGACGAGAAGAUGGAAUGCUCUCGUGUGAUGCAGAGCAGCAGAGGGGGCGAGAACGGCGCAGACGGGCGACAGAAAACCGUCUAUCAGACGCUCAAAGCCAAAGAGCUGUGGAGGAAGACUCCGCUGCCGGAAGGCGCUGAAAACAUGUACUACUUCUCGACCCUGGCGUUGACAUUGAACGAGCCGGAGGAGGGCGUUGCUCCCACAGAUAGCAGGAGGCGGCCGGAUCAGCGUCUGAUGGAGCAGGGCCGCUGGGAGGAGGCCAACGCAGAGAAACAAAGACUGGAGGAGAAGCAGCGCACCGUCCGCCGAGAGAGGGAGCGAGAGGCCAACCGCUCCGCCAACCCUGCAGAAGAGGGUAAGGAGCCAGCGGAUGGGGCUCUCAUUGAGGACUCCAUAUCUGACUCGCCACUUAAAACCGAAGAAGUCGAGAUUGCCAGUGAGCCCUCUGAGACCACUUACAAAAGUGUUCACCAUGACAACUACAAGCCCAUGUGGUUCGAGCGGCAGGUCGACCCGAUGACACGAGAGCCCACGCACAUCUACAGAGGAGGAUACUGGGAGGCUAAGGAGCAGGGCAACUGGGACUCCUGCCCGGAUAUCUUCUGAUCCGUCACACACAUCCCCUACGAUGCCCUCACUGUCCGUUUCCAGGAAGAUAACAAACUAAUGAAAGCUCAGUCAGCUGCUCCUUCUCUUUUCCCGUAUCGUAGUAUAUCGAGAUGCGUGUCCUCUCUUUCGCCAGCCGUGCUCUACUCAGUGGACAGUAAGGGACACCGAAAUGGACACCACCAUCCACUGUGUGUCUCUGUUCUCCUCGUGAUCACGGGAUUAUUGAAAUAUAGGGUUCACCAUUCAGUAAACGCUAGCGUUAGGAAAACAUAUCCUUUCCCGCUCCACACGUCUUCCUCAAGCUGUGGACGUCACAUCCUUAAAUAUCCGGGGGAUAUGAAGGCCUGUUUGCUCGUGUGUGUGUGUGUGUGUGUCUGUGUGAAUGAGUUCAGAGAAGCGAUGUAGUGCUCCUCCUUUUCAUUGAGCGUGUUUGUGUGAGAGAUGAAGUUUAAGAGGUCGCCUUGGUUUGUGGAUUUUAAAGGAAAGGUUUGCACAAAUAUGAAAGAUCUGUCAUUGCUUACUCGCCACAUUUCUUUUGCAAAACAAAUAUGUUAGUGCACAACACGUCAAGCGCUAAAAAGCAUGAUAAAAGUACCAUUUUAGUACUCUGCAAUUUGAGGAGCUAUGUUCCUUCUGAAUUUAUACAAUAGUUUUCUGUGAGAAGUUCACCAAUUGUUUGAACGCCAGUUACGAUAUGAUUCUUUUUGGAGACAAACUGCCCCAUUUUUUAAAACUAAUCAAAUUAAAUAUCAGAGCUUUGGCAGAUUGGAAGAUUAUCAGUAAAUUUCAGUAUUUUCAUUCACACUAAGCCAAUGUAUUACUUCAGAUAUAACAAACAAGUCAUAUGCAUCACUUUUAUGGUGGUUUUAAGCCAUUAGUUAGGUCUCUUUUGGAGCUUGACAGCCUAUAAACUGUUCUACAGAAGAAAAAACAGCAUAAGAAGUAUAAUGAAAGUAGUCAAUGAGAUCUGAGGUGGUAUAUUCUUUCUGAAACUGGUACAGCAGUUAUGACGCACAAGAACCAUUGGCAUUUUUGAGUCGAUGAUAAUCAAACUGCAUAUUUUUUUGAAACUGUUCGCAAAUAAGAUUUCAGAGCAUUGGAAGAUUUAGAAGAUUGUCAGUGAAUGAUGUAAAAUUCAAGCAAUCAUAUUACUUUAAAUGUAACUCACAAGUCACAUGCAUCACUUUCAUUGUGCUUUUUGGUCAUCGUUUUGGUCCUUUUUGGACCUGGACAGCCUAUAACCUGUUCUACAGGGGGAAAAAACAUUAUGUAUCAUGAACGUAGUCUAAGCCAUUUGUGAUGCUAUAUUACAAGUCUCCUAGUGUUAUGCAAGGUUUUCUUUAUUUGUUCAAACUGGCAUGACGAUUAUAAAAUGCAAGAAUCAAUAGCAUUUUCGAGUCGAUGACCAUCAAACCACACAAUUUCCUCCCAAAUGAAUGUCGGAGCUUUAACAGAAGGAAAGAUUUUCAGUGAAUAACAAUGUAAAUUUCAGUCUUUUCAUGUUACUUGAAAUACAACACACAAUUUGUGUGCAUUACUUUUAUGGUGCCUUUAAGUCAUUGUUUUUUUUUUGUUUGUUUUUUUCAGCCUAUGAAUUGAAAAAAAAAAAUCGACAUGUGGGUUUGAAUGACCUGAAUGCGAGUAAACAAUGAAAUCAUUUUCAUUUUUGCAUGAACUGUUCCCUUAAAUCCCAUCACUACUGUACAGUCCUCUCAAUCCAUUCUGCUUGGAAUGAGGAGGACAUCAGCAUCAUUCUGAUCUUCUUACUAACACCUGCUAAAAUCUCUUAAAAAGACUAACCAGUUGUCCAGAGUGUGUUUGUUUAUAGCCUCCAGAACAGCAUAUCUGUCGAUGCUCUGAAGGGAUUGUGCUGCUCUAAGCAGGAGAGCCACGUAAAAGACUCAAUGUUAGCUGCACUGCUCGAGUUUAGCUUCAGCGUUUCAAACUGACAAGUCGCUGUGAUGUGACACCACAUUGCUGAGGUUUCCCCUUCAGCCUGGGCACAGAUGCAUUAUGGUCCGCUCCUGCUCGCGUGGAAAGGGGUGAAAAGAAGGACGGUGUCCACAAACUGAGGCGCUCGAGUGUGUGUGUGCGUGUGUGUUCAAAUGGGCACGUGAGGUCAAGGGAGUCUCAAACCAGUGUGUGUGUGUGUGUAUGUGUGUGAUCAAGAGUAACGUAUUUGGGGUUUGUUGUAUAUUCAAGUGAAACAAAAAAGAAAAAUCACAUUUUAUUUUCAAGUGUACUUAAACACGUGUGGGAAAAUAAAGCAAGAAUACAGCAAUGCAAAACCAUUGCGGAUAUUUGUGUAUAUAUAUCAAAUAAUGAAGUAAAAUAUUCAUACUAUUAAUACCAAUUCUUCUUAUGCUGACACUGACAGCUAGAGUUAUAAUUGUGAUGGUAAUGUAGUUUGAGGGUUCAGCACAAUUAUUUAGAUUUUUAUUUGAUUUUAUUUUUUGUCUGAAAUGGGAAGCGACGACACAUUUGUGUUUUCUUCAUGUCAAAGACAAAACGUUUGCUCAUUGUCCUUCAGACUAAUGGAAAUUUUAUGUGUGUAUAUCUAUCCCAUCAUCCUCCUGUUCCGUUAAAACGGCGGUUUCAAUGUGAAUUCACAGGUUUACUGCUGUUUGUAAUAAUUGCAGAUUCUAUUUUCUUUGUUUGCAAACUGUAAAACUUUUUCUUCAUUGUUUUCUUUCCUUUGACUGUCAUUCCUCAAGUUUUUUCACCACCGCUGGUUGUCAGUCUUCUUUUUGUUUGUCCUGUUGGUGUUGUCCCUCUCUUGGCCUCUGAUCAUUGUGUUGCAGCACAAAAUUGCUCUUGACUUUCGUCAUGGUGCAGAUGAUGGUGUAAUAAAAGCUGGUUUGAAAAGGAAAUGAUCAAACAAA